ACACAGAAAGGCAAAAGAGGGAAAUGACGACGAGGAGCAAUUUCUACAAGAACCCUUCUUAUGCAUACAACAAAGCGUUUAAUCUCAAUUCUGCAAUUCAAAAUCUUCAAGCUUAUAAUGCCGUCACCGGUAACGUUCCUCCUCCGGCUGAGACGAAUUCCGUCGAGGAAAAAACGAGCCACAGGAAACGCCGACGGGAACGGAAAUCUAAGGUGCAGCAGAACAAUGAAGUGGAAGUGAUUGAUUUGCCUAUGUCUCAUCAGGAUUAUAUUGAAAAAAGGAGGAAGGAGGCUACUUCAACGCAGCCUUAUGAAGAAUUGACUGCAGAAGUGUUGGAACCGUCAAGUUCAGCACUGCAUUUGGUGGAGUACGACAGUGAUGCGAGCACUUCGUCAGAAUGUGAAAAGGGGGAUAAUCCUUAUCUGAAUACAGAAAUUUUACUGGUUAAAGGUAGUGGAAAUGAAACAGAUAGAGUUAAAACUCGCAGUGAGCAGCGAUUUCCUCUUCCAGGAGAACCUGCUUGUGUGGUAUGUGGGAAGUAUGGGGAAUAUAUAUGUGAUGAGACUGAAGAAGACAUCUGCAGUACGGAUUGCAAAUCUGACCUUCUGCAAAAUCUUAAACUCCAGCAGGGGGCCUUAAGUAGCAAAGUCAAAGCUGAAACUUUUUCUGGACAAAAAUGCAAAUUGGAGGUUCCUGGAUCUGGAGGCAACAUCUGGGAUUAUGACCGUCAUCGAUGGUCCAAGAAUAGAUCUGCUCUUUGUACUUAUGAGUGUUGGAAAUGUAAGAGGCCAGGUCAUCUUCCUGAAGAUUGUUUGAUCAUGGCAUCAAAAGUUCUACCCCUUUCCUCUGGUCAAGCUGGUGAAUCCAGCGAACAGGUGGAAGUGGCUCAAAGUAAACCCAGUAUAUCCAAAGAGCUUCUGCAACUGUAUAAAAGAUGCCAUCAAAUUGGCAAAAGUUCAUUGGAUGCUAACUGUAACACCUGCCGAAGAUCAACUACUUUAGCCAUGUGUCUUGAUUGUAGUAAUACCUUUUGUGACAGUGCAGGUCACCUGAGAGAACACAUCACUGGACACCCUUCUCACCGACAAUAUUACUCCUAUAAGCUCAAGCGUUUGGUAAAAUGCUGCAAAUCUACGUGCAGAGUGACAGACAUCAAGGAUCUUUUAGCUUGUCACUAUUGUUUUGAUAAGGCUUUCGACAAGUUCUACGAUAUGUAUUCAGCAACUUGGAAAGCAGCUGGACUUUCAAUUAUCUGCAAUUCUAUUUGCUGUGAGGAUCACUUUGAAUGGCACAGGAUAAAUUGCUUGAGUGCGGGUGUAGAAGACAGUUCCUACAUCUUAAAGAAACAUUCUGCUAGUGAGAACUAUGCUUUGAGUGACUUCAUCUUCUGAAUAGAUGAGCAGCAAGGUUCCAUGCAUCAGAAAUCAUGAGCAGUACGAAAAU